AUGAAAUCGACGGAAGGAGCUACAACCCGCGGAGGUAACAAGGGAUGGCAGAGCGAGAGUUGCGUUGUUGUUUCCUCUACCCCCGUGGUGAUUCAAAAAUUGGAUUUUGCACGAGGAGAAAGGGGAUGGAGGGACUGUGGUUGCUCUGUUCUAGGAAGGGGAGGAAGGUUAAUUGCAGUAGGAGAUGGCGGCCAUGAGUUCGGCGAAAAUGGAUCUGACUUCGUGCUUCGCGCGCCGCCGCUGGCGAGGAUUAGAGCGUGGAAGUCGAAUUUGGAGCAUAUUUUGGUGACCAUGUGA